AUGCCGCGGGCGCGCGCGCUGAUGAACCUCUGCCUCAAGCAGAAGCCGCUGCAGGACCGGGUUGCCGCCGCCGGCGCGGCCGAGGGGGCGCAGUACGAGGAGGCGGCCGGAGCGCUGACCAACCUCGCAGACACGCACGAGGAGAACCAGGCGGCCGUCGGCAAGGCGGGCGCCGUGCCUCCGCUGGCGGCGCUGCUGCGCAACCCGUCCGCGUCGGCGCAGGAGGAGGCGGCGGGCACCCUGAUGAACCUGGCGGCGUGCGACGCAAACAAGGACGCCAUCGCUCGCGAGCACGCGGCCGGCGCCCUCGCCAACCUCGCCAAUGGCCGGCCAGAGCACGCGGAGGCGGUCGGCGCCGCCAAGGCGCUGCCGCCGCUGCUCGCCCUCCUCCAGCAAGCGCCCGAGGGCAAGGACGCCGCCGCGUUGAGAGGGUGCGGUGGGGCCGGCGUGGCGGCGCGCGCCGCGUCGGCGCUCGCGCUCGCGUCGCUGCAUGCGCCCAACGCCGCGGAAGUGCGUUCGGAGGGGGGGGUGGCGGUGCUGGCAACGGCGCUGGGCGCGGGUGUGAGCGAGGCGGCCGCCGCUCUCGUCAACGUCUCCAAGGGCGACGCGGCCGCGCGCGACGCGCUGCUCGCCGCGGGAGGAGCGGCCCUGCUCGUGCGCGAGGUCUCGGCCGGCGCACCCGCGGCUCAGGCCGAGGCGGCGGGAGCGAUCGCCACCCUCGCCGCCGACUCGGCGCGGCUCGCCGAGGCUGUCGUCGCGGCGGGCGCGGUGCUCCCCCUCACGCUGCUCCUGACGUGGGGGGCCGGCGCCGCGAAGAAGCAAGCGGCCUCCGCCCUCGGCGCGCUGGCUGCAGCGAGCAAGGCCAACCGGGACGCUGUCGUCGAGGCCGAGGCUGUCCCGCCGCUCCUGUCGCUCCUGCAGCCCAGCGACGACUUGCCGCUGGUGCUCGACGCGCCGACCAGGCGGCUCGAGCUUCAACAUGCGGCCAGCGCGCUCGCGACGCUCCUGUCUGGAGACGAGCCCCUGCAGGCGGCGGUGGUGGCCGAGGAUGGGCUUGCGGCCAUCGCGGCGCUCCUUCGCGACGGCGCGGCCAAGGCGGCGGGCGAGGCGUUGCUCGGCGCAUUUGGCGCCUGCUUUGGGCCCGCCAUCGCAAAGGCUCGGCGGGCGGAGACCCGCCGACCUAUCGUUCGCGGGGAAGUAGACCGCCGCGCGUCGGCGUCGCGCUGGGGAUAUCGCUUUAGCAUUGGGGUCGACGUGACGAAGCUGGUCCUACCCGGUGGCGGCUGGUGCACGCCCCACCGGCUCUGCCCCAUGAAGCUCGAGUGCUCCACUGCACACGGGAAGCUACGGUUCGCCUCUGCGGAGGACGUAGAGCGGUACAUCGGCAUGCUUCCGGGCGUGCGCUCCCAAAAUUUCAGGUGCUUCUGCACCGACUGGAUUUUUGACCACCGUCUCAUCGAGUGCUCCCGGUGCGGCCACCGCAUGCAUGUCAAGUGCGGCGAGAUCUGGUUCCAGCAGAGGCGAACGUGCCCGUACUGCAGCGUGGCGGACGACGGUGGCAACGUGCUUGAGAUCAAGGCGAACGGGCCUGUUACGCUGCGGUACUGCCAGCCGGGCAAGCCCAGCCAAGGCACGCCCUCGCGGCUGACCUCCACUGGUGUUGGUAAGGGCAAGCUCGCGGCGCCGGAAUGCGAUCGCUCUCACUUCAUCGUUGGCGCCUGA